AUGGUAACGGUGACGAUUACGAUGACAAUAACGGUAACGGUGACGGUAACUGUCACGAUAACGGUGAAGAUAACGGUAUUGCGGAAGGUAACAAUAAUGGUAACAGUAAUGAUAAUGGAAAUGGUGACGGUAAAGAUAACGGUGAUGGUAAGGGUAACGAUGAUGGUAAUGGUGACUAACGGUAACAGUAAUGGUGAUUGUAACUUUAACAGUAACGGUAAUGGUGAUGGAACCGGUAACGAUAACAACGACGAUAACGACAAUGGUGACAGUAACGGUGAUGUUGAUGAUAAUAGUGACGAUAAUGGUGAUAGUAAUAGUAACAAUGACGAUAACGAUAAGGGUGAUGAUAAGUAUCAUGAUAAUGGUAACGGUGACGGUGAAGGUAAUAGUAACGGUCACAGUCACAAUAAUGGUAAUGCUAAUGGUGACAAUGACAAUAACAACAACAGUGACAGUAACGAUGAUAUUGACUAUAACAGUGAUGAUAAUGGUGACAAUAACAGUUACAAUGAUGGUAACAGUAAGGGUGACGAUAAUUGUCAUGAUGGCAGUAACGGUGACGGUGAAGGUAACGGUAAUGGUAACGGUCAUGGUCACGAUCACGGCAACGGUAACGAUGUCGCUAACAUUGACGAUAAUGGUGAUUGUGAUGGUAAUAGUGAUGAUUACGAUGACGAUGAUGGUAACUAUGACGGUGAUAGUAACGGUCACUGUAUCGGUAAUAGUCAUACUAAUGAUGAGAGUAAUGGUAAUGGUGACGGUGACAAUAAUGAUGAAGGUAAUGGUAUCGCGAACGGUAAUGGUAAUGGUAACAGUAAUGGUAACUGUAAUGAUAACGAUAACGGUGACGGUAACGAUAAAGGUGAUGGUAAGGGUAACGAUGAUAGUAACAAUGACAUUGAUAUUAAUAGUGACGGUAAUGGUGAUAGUAACGAUAUUGGUGACUAUGAUGGUGAUGGUGAUGUUACUUUAACGAUAACAGUAAUGGUGAUGCAAAUGGUAACGGUCAUGGUAACGGUAAUGGUGACGAUAACGAUAGUAGUGACGAUAAUGGCAACAGUGACGGUAACGAUAAGGGUGACGAUAAUUGUCAUGAUCACGAUAAUGGUGACGAUGAAGGUAGCAGUAACGGUCACAAUCACGAUAACGAUAACGGUGACGAUAGCAUUGACGAUAACAGUGACUAUGAUGCUAAUGGUAAUGAUAUCGAUGACGAUGACGGUAACGGUGAUGGUAAUGGUCACUAUAUCGGUAAGAGUCAUAGUAAUGAUGAGAGUAACGGUAACGGUGAUGGUGACGGUAACAAACAUGAUAAUUGUGAAAUAA